AGUGACGUUGCGUACGGUCGCCGGGAGAAGUUUGAAAAAUAAACGUGAAACUUUUUUUUCCAGUAACGUUGACUGUCAGCGUUGUUUCACUGACUAUUUCUACGCCACGAAAUCAAAUUUGAAGACUAUCGCAGAGGGAGUUUAUCUUUAGGUAAGUGUUGAUUUUUUUAUAUUAAAGAUAAGGUGAAGUUGCUAGCUGAAGCUGUAUGUGUUCAAUUCUGACAUGAGGGAACUGGCUGUCAACAUGCUGCUGCUGCAUUCACUCCUCAAGACUCGGUUUAAAUCUUCACAACUUGAACCAGAGACGGUUGAUUUUAAAAUGGAUUUCGCACUUUUAUAGAGACUGGCCGUCGUGACUUAAUGAAAGUUAGCCCAGUUUGCUAACUGUCACCUUCCUACCGCCGCGUUAGCUGAACUCACAGCGAGCAGACAGUCUCCUCCGAGCAGAGCUGCAGAGCUUCAGAGCUCGACACCCGAGCUGAAGCAGAGGACACCUGUCACUGUGCACAUACAGGCUCUCACACAUACACAGACACAGAGGCUCUUUGUGCUGUUAGAAACACUCUGGAGGGUCUCAAACUGUCAGAACCGAGAAGUCUGAGCAAACAGGUCUUGGACAGUUUGAAGAGGACAAACCAAGGUAACAUGAAUAUGCAGCUCAAACAUGUCAAAGAUGGAGACAGUCACAGUCUUAUUCAGUGUUUCUCACCUUUAACGCAUGCAAUGAAGUCAUUAAAAACUAUAUACUAAUAACAUAGUUGGUAUUAUUCAACUUUAGGGAGUAUGAACCACAGGCAACUCACCCUUUCUUUGAUUUAUAUGACCCAGCGUAACUAUCGUAGACACAGCAAGUAUGUUUGAUCGAUAAUGGAUAAAAAGCAAGACAAUAAUACAAUGAUAAACUGCAAUAUUUGAUUUAACAGAAGGGCUGCAAAAUGCUCUUUAAAAUUUAGUGAGUAGUUUUUCACGAUUAAAGUCUUUGUGUCAUUUCAUUCAUUGCAAAUAGUUGCAAUAGUUUUUUUCGUUUGUUUUGUUUUGUUUGUUUUUGCAAUGGACAAAAUUACUAAAUUUGAACAUUUUCUUGAAUAAAUGUUGUCGAAAAUCUAUUUUCUUAACGAUAAUAUUUCUACAAGUGACUUUUGGAUGUCUGUUCAGCCAUCUUUGACUAAUUCUGGCCAAUAAAAGUAAGUAUAUUAGGUUAUAAUGUGGAAUAAUGACUGUUGUAAUCAAUAAAAGUGUGUGUUUUAAUAGUGUACCGAUACAAUCAGUAAGAACAUGCUGGUUUGUUAAACUAAUGUAAUCAAACCUUUUAUUAGUCUCUCUACUAAUCCACUGUCUUUGAGGUGAUAUGAUAUGAUUUGAUAUUAAUAAUAAUACACUUUAUUUAUAGGCGCCUUUUAAAACACCCAAUGACACUGUGUACAGCGGAGUAUUCUGUUACUGACUCUCACCGUACAGUUAUUCCACUGCUGGUGCUAAAUACAGAUAACAAUAGUCAAAAAAUCAUUUGGUGCUUCAUAAUCUGUGGGGAGAUUUUGCAUCCUUUAGCUAAACAGAAACUAUGAUGUAAUCUGUUAUGCUUGUUUGUAAUUUAUCAGUUAUCGUAGAUUGCCAUUUUAUGAUAUUAUCAUGGAUUAUAUAUUGUGACACCUGUUGUACUGUGAUGAAGCAAACAAUCUGUAAUCCUUCAUUUUGACUCUUUAUGGUUUCUCUUUUCCUCACCUUCCUAACUGUACUCCUCUCUUUUUCCUCUUUACACUCUCCUCAUUUCUAGGCAGCGAUGUCUAGCCCAUCAGAUGAACCCCAGGCCGUACCAUCAGCCCACCUGAGGGUUGGUUCGGCAACUGCUGAGACUGUUGGAACAGAAGUUGAUCCCAAGACUAAACUCAGACAGCUACUGGAUCAGUGGGAGGAACAACAGCAGGGCACCACAGAGCAGCUGGUGUCCAUCCUGACAAAGUGAGCAGGGAUUGUUUCUAUUCAAGGCUGAUUUAUUCAUUAGAUUAGUUUAUUAAGAGGUACACAUUUCUGUUGUUGUGUUUUUCAUGAAGAUGACAGUGUUUCAUCUUUCUGCAGAAUUUCAGAACAGAUUGAACGAGAAACAGAAGUUUUUUACAAAGCAGACCCUGAUCCUUUUGAUGACCGCCACCCAGGUAGAAUUACAUUUACACUCAACAUGAAAAGUUUUGUUAAAACUGAUUUUGCAUCAGUCAGAUGUGAUUACCAACCAUCACUUCUUUGUGUUUUAAACCUUUAGUUUGUCUGACAGUGUUUUCUUAAGUUUCUGGCUGCUCUUUUUAUCUGUACAUGUCUGUUUUUCAGGUCGGGCAGACCCAGGCUGUGUACUGGGGCAGCUUCUGAAGACAAUCUUUUCGAAAGAUAACUUCAGUGAUGUGGUGAGAGCUUUUUUUUGUCAUAAAAAGGCACCAUCAAGCGUUUCUAGUACUUUUCAUUAUUCUAAAAACCUCCUUUCAAGAGUUUGAAAUGUUUCAUGUAUCAAACCAAAUGACUCAUAAUUUUAAGUUAAGAUAUCCUGUGGUGAAUUUUGAUAUCAAUUUUUAAUUGUACUGUUCUGUAUGCACAGCAGUUUCCAGAUGAUGUUUGUUCAUGAAAAUUUGCCCCAAAGACGUUUUGAAAUCAUAGAAAUUGUUCCAUUAAGAAAAUGUGAUUUUGACUGUCAUACAAAUUCUAUGCAAGUCAUGCACUAUGCCCUCUCUCCACAUAACACAUAAUGCAAAUUAUCUCAACCCUAGGACUCUAUUAUGGUUAUUACCUCCGCCAAGGAGGUUAUGUUUUUGGUAGCGUUGGCUUGUUUGUUUGUCUGUUAGCAACUUUAGGGAGAAAGAUACAGAUGGAUUGACCUGAAAUUUUCACCAGAGGUGCGUCUCAGCCCCAGGAGGAUCCCAUUGAAUUUUGGUGGUGAUCCGGAUCGCCUUCUGGAUCCAGGAAUUUUUUGAAGGAUUCUUUAUCAUUGUGAGAUAGGGCAAAUUUUGGAAUUUUUGCAUUUAACUCUAUAAAAAUGUCUAGAGUCUUUAGUAAAAAAUUACACAAAAGGAUCUCAAUGAGUUUUAUGAGGUGUCAAAGGUUGACCCUGAUCCGAACAAAAUUCCGGAUACUGUGAUCCAGAACACACAAAAAUAAGGGUUUCGUUGGAAUUUUCAAUGCUGAAAGAUAACCAAUGAAGAUACAAGGAAGUGUACGCUUACAAAUAUUGCAUAAUAAAUCGUGCCUUUAUGUAUCUAAUAUGAGCUGUGUUGUUUUAGGAACAUUAUGAACAGUGAACAUACCAGUUCAAACACAAAUAAAAGUUAAUAAAAGACACGUAACAGUAAAAGUUUUGGUGUGAAUCACAAUAUAAGGGGGGACAUGAGCUGCUUGGCGGAGGUCUGCGCUCUCCGAGUGCUUUUCUAGUUGAAAACUUAAAAUAACAGCAGAGAAACAUGUUUUUACAGUCAGAAUAAACGGUUUUGUUCCACAGAGAGGGACUCAUUAUAACAUGUAACAUUGUCUUUUUUGAUAGUUUUAUGAUAAAAAAUGAAACUGCCGUAGAAAGGAGUUAUUAUGACUACUUUGCGUUUGCAUUGCAGCUGGUGGACACAUAUAUAAUGACCAGCAGAGAGCUGAGCCUUAACACAGCAGCCUGCCGUGUGCUUCUAAACGUCAUACCUGGUCUGGAGACCUCCAUCGUCUUUCAAGAAAAGGUAAAAUUUACCUUUCAGCAGAAAGUGCAAAAUAAAAGAGAUUUGUAAAGGCUGGUAAAGCAUGAAGUGUGAGGUUCUUUGCAGCAGAUCACUUAUCUGGUUCACUCUUUAUAACUAAUUAUUGACAUCACUGUAAGUUGACAUUAAUCUUCCAUGUCUGUCCUUAAAAUGCUGAGACACGUUAAAGCAGCAAAGUGUCAUCAGUGUGUCUUUGAUGGGUCUACAACCUGUGAAUGUGUCAACUCUUUUGUGUGUGUGCGUGCGUGCGUGCGUGCGUGCGUGCGUGCGUGCGUGUGUGUGUUACAGGUCGGUCUGGUUGACAAGUUGUUCACCUGGGCUCGUGAAGCAGAGCGACCGCUGUGUGUUUACAGCACAGGCCUGCUGGCCAUAGCCAUGGGUGACCAGGAAGCUGCGAUCAACCACAGAGAACAGAACUCACAGCUGGUGGGUCUGACACGCUUUAUUGUUCACUGUACUCUCACAUGUUUACCUGCACUGAAAUUAUUGGAAGUUCUGUGGAGCACGAUUGACAGAUGUGGUCCAACUUGUUCUGGAAAGGUUUUACACUGUAUGGAGUUUGUUGUUAUUUGAAAUGAGGUCAAGUCGAUUUGUGACUUCUUCAUCACAUACAGUACAUUCUUGUGUAAACAGGGAGCACUGCAGUGGAAAGGACACACAUAUUUCUCAUCAUUCCUAUCUUACCUUGAUUGUAAACCUUAUUAGUUUGUAAAACUUAUUUGUGUUUUAACAAAGUAAAAAUACUGUAAUGUAGCUGAUAAAACUGAAGUGAUGAACUUUCCUCAGCACUGAAAGAGACAGCUUGAUUCAUGCCAAUUAUAUCAACAUAAUAACACAGCCAUGCCUUAUUAUUAUUAUUAUUAUUAUUAUUUAUUUUAUUGUAUUUAAUAGGAGUGGGAAUCACCACUGGCCCCACGAUACGAUAUUAUGACGAUACUUGGGCCACGGUACGAUAUUAUUGCGAUUUUUAACAUUUUGCAAUACAGUAAAUAUUGCGAUAAAUAUAUUGCAAUUUAUACAUUUUUUUAAAACUGUUUAGCUAAUUUAGCAUUUGUCUUUCCUUUAUGUUUGUCUUAUUUACACAGUAUUUUAUUUUCAUGUAGCACAUCUUGCAAACCUAUUUGUUGUAUGAACUUUCUCCUGCUCCAUGAUGUCCACCUCUGCCAACCUCACUGGACAAACAGUUGAUUUUAUUUUUUCAUUAUCAUAGAUUUGACCUCAUAUUAGCAAUUAGUUUGAACAAUUGAUACUUGGUAAAUGAGACUAUAAGAUGUAUCACCAGAAAAAAUAUUGUGAUACUAUGCUGUAUUGAUUUUUUCCUCCCAUCCCUAUUAUUUAACCAGGAAAGUUAGCCUAGUUGUCCCAGGUAGGUUCAAGAGUAGAGGGAUAUAUGCAGUAAGAAGUCUACUGACACAUGUGCUUGUGUUUUAGACGUGAAAAACAGAAUAGCCGCAUGCAGAGGAAAGAAACACGUCUUUCUUAGAUUGUAAAAUGAACUCUGCAUGGGCAGCUGUUGGUUCUUGGUUUAAUGAAAAUGCAUCAUCCAGUCUGUUUAAAGCUGCACAAGCAGAUUUAACUGACCUCCUAUUUGCAGUUGUCAUCACCCUCACUUUCAAAUCUAAGACUAUAGUUGGUUUAGGAUAUCUGACAGUGGACGGACAUGGUUCAGAAUGAGAGCUGGUCCAAACUUUCCUUCCAGGGAAAAUGAAAAUAAGCUGGCUGAUGGGUCUGUUGAUGCCAGGCUGCAGGAAAGCCACACUGAGAUAGACCUGAAGAAGGAAGAGGGUAAAACAGGAUUAGUCUAAAUCCUCUAACUACUGCAGUUCUGUCAUACUGUCGAGUUCUAAAUUAAAGGGAGAGUUCAGUUUUUAUGAAGUUGGGUUGUAUGAGGCUCUUGUCUAUAGUGGGUUUGUUCAUCAAAGGGGAUCCCAGUCAGCUGGUCCCCUUUGUUGAGAAACCGGAUGAUGCCUACUCUUUUAAGACUGACUCUGGUUUUAUUAUUGAAUUUUUUUUGUCCUUUUUUUUCCCUCUGGCUCCUGCUGUAACAUCUUAACUGGCUGAGAAUGGCUAAAACUAAUCUGGACGCCUCUUUAUGACCUUCAAAAGUAUUGAGACCAUCAACAAUGAGACUGAGAAUGACAGAAUUUUUGUGCCUGAUGCCUAAAACUACUGUGAGGAGUAUAUGUCAGACCAGAGGAUUGACAGCAGACUUAGGAAACAGUCCUUUUUUACAUUUUCAUGGCAAAUGCUCACAAUGAAUGAUACGUUUCUCCUUUAAAAGACAUCAGGAUGACUUUUUGUCAGAAAAUACUACUCUGAACUGUACAGGUAAGAGAGAAGAGGUAUUAUUCUGACCACAGGGGGGUACCAAAACAGACACAAACCAAAUGUUCUCCUCAGCAGCUUUCACUGGCUAAUGUUCUCCAUAUUUACAAGCUUGUCAGUGAGCGCAUAUUAAAUGUUUAUUUGAGGUGAAUAAUGGCAGAAAUAAAGACUUUUUUGAAGCACUUAAAACUUCUUUUUAGAGUAGGCUCACUAAGGGUUAUAAUUUGUGAGUAGAUAUGAAUCCAUGUUGUCCAAUAACUUUCCUCAUAUAAAGACCAAAAAACAUGAGUGGGGAUUUUUGGAUCUGAUUUCUGUUGUAAGACAUGUUCACUUCUUACAGUCCCAAAAACUCUUUAUGUUUUAGCGAUCACUUUUUUUCUCUCAACACCCAGGUACCGCUCAUGAUUCAGCGCCUGCAAGAGCUACAGAGAGAAGACCAGAAGAGUCACUUCAGUCCCAUCAAAAUACCACAGAACCUACCUCAGGACUCUCAGGUUGAACCAACUGAAACCUCAAGCGUCUCAACAGACCAGCAAGAAAAGGCAGAUAUGGAAAAUGAUGGUCAGAGGGAAAAGAGAAAACAGAGAGACGAAGAUGGCAGCAGGCCGGUGUCGAAGCGUCCCAAACCUUCGUCACAGCUCGACUCAGCUCCAAAACACAGCAACAGCAGUGGAGGUGGACCCAGCUCAACCCGCCUGCUCCCAGAGUUUGUAUACCAAGCAGGCCAGGAGACUCCUGCUCGAGAGACGGAGGACAGGCAGGGGGAAGGACAAGGAGGAGGAAGCAAUGGAGUAGCGAAUGAGAAUGGGAGGAAGGCCAAGAAGAAACUCAGCUUCACCUCCUCCUCCUCUAGUAGGACUGAGGAGGAACUGGAAAAGAAUGAAUCCAGCGACCAGCCGACCAGCAGCACCUCCUGGUCUGAGAUGAGCUCAGUGAUGCUCGGUUCAGACUACUGCCUGUCCCCUCUGAGCUCAGCCAUGGAGCAGAGGCUCAUCCUGCAGUAUCUGACCCCACUUGGAGAUUAUCAGGAGGUAAGUCUGUAGACAGAAACAGUUAAAGGUUUGUAUUUAAGAGUGGAAGAAAAACUAAACAAAAUGUGGGGAUGCUUGCAGUUCCUCGCCUACGUCAAACGAAAAACAAGAGCAAACCGCACUUAACAGUCAAACUUGAUGGCUUUGAUGUACUUUGUGAAUUUGACCGUGAGACGGAGCAGAUAGUGGGGGUAAAUCCUGCACAAAUUAUAAAGAUAAAAACUUUUAUUUGAGUGCAGUCUCCCUUUGAAAGAAACCCUGCAUAAAAAAAAUGGGUUUACCUUCCUGAGAAAUUGUAAGAAAGAAACUCAUCGGUACACCGCCACUGUUUCUGUGACAUCAAAUGGUUACAACCUCCCCUGCAUGACUGAUGUGAACUGAGCUUUUUCAGUAACUCAAGCACAGUGUAAGUGAAGAGGACGACAAUAUGUAUUUAUUUGCAGAUGAAGCGUCAAAGUGAGAUCUCCAGUGACGACUGCAGAUGCAUUUGCAGAUGUCCAACUUUAUCACUGUCGUCCUCCUCUCUUAUCCUGUGCUUCUGUUAUUGGAAAAGGGUCAACAGACGUCACACAGGCAAAGUUUAGGGGAGACACACAGAGCACCCAGAGUGCUGCAGUGAAAGUAACAAUAGCGUGAGUUUACUGGAUAAAAAACAUCCACAUCUUUGCUCUCUUUUUGUUUGGAGUACAUCUGGAAUAUAACAACAGGAAUCAAAUCAGGUUAACUUAAAAAAAAAAAAAAAUUAUGCAGAGCCCCUAAAGGCAGUACAGAGUCUGUGUUGUGUUUCUUUCAUAUUUACAAACAAGUAUUGAGUCAAAACUUUGAAUUUUAAUACUUAAAGACCCACUCUGAUGAAAAUCAUGUUUUCCUUGUUGUCUAAAUGUUCAUAUAGAAUUUUUCUGAUGCUACAGGAUAUAUCAUGAGAAAACUAAGUGUGCAAUUGCAUUUCUGAGUAUUUCUGCAUUAAAAUCGCUGUGAAUCUCUCACAGUCCCAAACGGCAGGAUAAGAUACAGUGAGAUUUCCUACAUAGCAAAUCCAAGCUCCGCCCCUGGAGCCCCGCUAUGCAGGUCAGACUCAGAGAAAUAGAAAGGACGAUCGUGGAACAAGCGUGUGUGUUAGCAGAUUGCAAUGUUCGUGAGAAAGCUAAGAUGAUAUUAGCUUUCAUCAUGUCCCCAAAGACAUUGAGAGACGAGAGCUGAAUAGCUCCUAUGUUACCUGCUACUUCUCCUACACUGGCAAUGUUAGGCUGUAAGCUAACGUGAAGAGGAGUGUGCAGAGCAGCGCUGUCUCCGCCCACGACUCAGAGGCGAAUUGCUAAUGAGCUACAGGAACUCUGCGGAAGAAAAGCUCUAGAAAAUGACACAGGUAACGUGAUUUCAGCUAAAAAACUUCAGAAUCACAAUUUAGAGACCACUGAGAACACUUUAAGUAGUUAAAAAAAAAACGAUCAGAGUGGGACUUUAAAGCUUCUGUGUGGAACUCUGUGUCAGUUCUGGCACCCCCUUUUGGACAAAGCAGUCUUUUGCUUAUCUUUUCUUGAGUGGUGUCUUCUGACAAAAUGAUCCCACCCUGCUGAUUUUUGAAAGUCAAAUAUAUCUUUCUGUGAAUAUUCCAAAUGUAUUCAUCUUUUCCUCCUGUGGUUCCACUGACACCUACACCCUCACUCUGGUUUCAGGCAUAAAAAAAACUAACUUCUAAAAUCGUCAGACUUGUUGUUGCUGAUGGUUUUUUUUUGCUUAAAGGCAUCAAUGUGAGUUUCAUAAAUGUCAAAAAAAAAUCCUCACAGGAGCUUCAAUCUGAGCAAAGUUUCAUAUUUUGAGGUAAACCUGAGACCUCAGGCUGCUCUUUAUUGCAAGAAACAAGACUGAUGAACGCAACAGUUUUAAUGACAAAAUAGAGCCCAACAAUCUCAGACAAGUGCUGGAGGAACUGAUAAACACAAAUUUGCUGCUGCCAUAUUUUCAGCCAUAGGAUGCGUUAUCACCUGUCACAGACGUAAUUCAGGAUCAUCCCUAAUAAUACAAAAGUCACAAAAACUCAUUUAGAAAUAGAAACUUUGGAGUUGCCAUGGAAACCUGAGUUUAUGUAGAUUGAACUCCUAAGAUUCUUUUCUUUGGGGUGCUGAACGAUGUUAUUACACUUCACAUAAUUCUCACACAGGCUGAUCUAAUGUAACUCCAAUCUUUCUCCCGUCCCUGCAGCUGCUGGCUGUCUUCAUGCAGAUGGACACUUGGACAUUGCUGAUGAACUACAUAGACCUCAAAAAGACGAAAAAUGUCCAGCUCACCUAUGAUGCACUUCUGGUAAGACUGUGGCGGCAGUUCAAACCCAUCGAAUAACAUGAUUCAACAGGGACUUUUAAAAACUUAACUUAAAAAAAGACCAAAAAAGUUUUCAAGGAUUGUCAGAUAAUUCAACUUGAGCCUUUCAAACAUUUUUGCGUCACAUUUUCUUGUUUGUGAAAAGUUUUAAAUCAGUGAAGUUUCUACAAGAAUCAGUAAAAAGGAUUUUCAAUUCAUGCCAGGUCAGCUAGAGGAGAAACACAACAUAACCUGAUUUUUUUUACUCUACUAAUUUACAUGUAUGCUGUAUGUUGUCUGGUCUGGAAGAGCCUUUAACAGGACUACUCCUCCCAGCUCAGCAGCAUGUCUGUGUGGGAAGGAUAAGCUGUACUUUGGAGGGUGGGGCUGUGUUGAGCUCAACUAAGAUUAAAUUGACCAACUUUAUUCAGUGGAGGCCUCACCUGUUGACAUCUAAUGAUUGUCUACAUCUUCGCCUAUUUUUAUUCAGGGCUCUGGAGGAUCAUUAUACCGUGACAGGGAUUUCUGUGUAUGACAAAAAAGUUUUAAAACUAACCCACUUCCCUCAAUAACAACAAAAUUAAUAAAAUAGUAGUUUUCUUGUGGAGAGACUAGAGCUUUUAUGUCUCCAAAACAAGCUCUCUCUGUUCAAGAUUAACAUGGUUCAUUGCCUCUUCAUUCAUUCUGAAAGAAGUUCAAAUAUUGAACAUGUUCUUUGUGCCCAUCUAGAUACUCCAAACCAGAUUUUUGUGACUUUUGCAAAAUGCCGUUAUAUGUAGAACAUGUUAAGAAAACUAAAGUGAUAUUCUUUACUGUAAUCAAAGAUGCCCUUUUUCUCUCUGUCUUUAGUAUUUGGCCUCAUUGCUCCUCCACAAGAAGUUUGCAGCUCAGUUCAUCUCUCAGGGAGGCGUCCAGAAACUUCUGGAGAUCCCGAGGCCGUCUAUGGCGGCAACUGGAGUCUCGCUCUGUUUGUAUUACCUGGCAUACAACCAGGAUGCUCUAGAGAGGGUAAAGGAAGCACACAAAAGAGACACGCUCAUCAGAGUUGUAGACCUAAAUGAAAAUGAAUUUUCUAAGGGUUCAUUCAAAGUUUUAGUUUCUUGUUACAGUUAUAACAACUAAGACUCAGCGGCUGCUCUCUGUUCCUUGUCUUUCUUGUUUCUGUGUAUUUGUAGGUGUGCACCCUCCAAGAUAGCGUGCUUUCAGACAUGGUGUCCUACGCUCUGUGGCUACUGGAGUCGUCCCACGCUUCAGGCGUCUGUCACGCCACCAUGUUUUUCUCUAUUUCUUUUUCUUUCAGAGCGGUGCUGCAGCAUUUCGACCGCCAAGAUGGCCUGCGGAGGCUGGUCAACUUGGUCAGUGUCAAAUCUUUUAUCUUGCAUCAUAUUUCAAAAGUGGAAUAUUCCAUUUUGCUAAAUUUAUCAAAUUAAUUUGUCCCUAUUUAUUUAUCAAAAGCUUUAACUGCAUUCUGAUGUGUCACCUUGUAGAUCAGUACUUUGGAGAUCCUUGACAUCACGCAAAUAGACUCCAUACUGAAUGAUGACCUGGUUUUCUCUGGCAGACAGACAGCCAAACACACCUGCAUGGCCCUGCGCAGGUAUGACAGUAGAAGGAUAGAUGAAUGAAUAUCUGCCAGGUUCAUGAAUGUUGGUAGCUCUAUUGUAGUGCUUCCUCAGCUGCUUGGCCAUCAUGGUGUUCCUCAGGGGUCAAUCUUUGGCCCUUUUCUUUUGUAGGGUUAUACCAAUCGCAAGCAGCUUUACUUUAGUUGAACUAAAAUAACUCAUUAACUUUUCUCUGACAAAACAGGGGUCUGUAUAAUAGGCCUUGGAAGUGUCUCUCUUAAAAUCAAGUGAGAAAAAGAUUUGAUGUACUCAACUCAUAGACUGUAUAUAGAAUGGACACUGUCUGCCUCCUCGCUGGGUGAAGCCACCAUGAGAACAGCACCCUCUGGUGAUGUGCUGCAGCAUAGGUCAUAAAUCCUGCCUCCUCCAGCAAUCCCUAUGUGGAGCUGUGGACAAACUUUAGAAAUGUAUGACACAGAACAUACAUUUUUUAAGUUAUAACUCAGCAUCUUGUUACAUUAUUAUUUCAGGUUUUAUUACAUUUUGUGUCAUUGUUACAUUUCGAGCUAUUAAGGCUAGGACAGUGGAGAGGAUAGAAACCUGGGAAAGAGGGUGAUGAAUGAAGAGCUGCAGGCUGGAGUUAAACCUAGGCUGCCUAUUUCAAGGACUACAUGGAGUGUACAAUUUGACUGCUUGGCCAAGUUGAUGUUUGAAUUGAUUGUAACUGACUUUUUCCAGGUACUUUGAGGCUCACCUGGCAUUAAAGACUGAACAGGUUAAACAAUCUCUGCAUUCAUCAGACGGGAGCACCAAGGUAUACGAUUUAUUUAUCAGCAUCAAAGUUUGGGACCGGAAAUGUUUAUACUUUCAGGUAUCAAACUUUUGUGUGGGUAUCUCCUUUUUUUCCAGGCGUGUACCUACACCAGAGAGCAGAUUAUCGAGAUGGUGGAGUUCCUCAUCGAGUGUGGACCUCCUCAGCUCUUCUGGGAGCCGGUGGAGGUUUUCUAUAAACUGUCCUGUGUCCCUUUACUGCUGCAGCUAAUAUCUUUAGCAUGUGACUGGAGGACUUACUACGGCAGGUAAAGCGAAGUCCUUUCAUAUGCAGACUUUUUGACAAUCAUGGUUUGGUCACUCAUUAAGGCAGGAAAUCCCAAAACAGUAGUUGUUUGCUCUCAUGUUUUAAUAAUGUUGUUUGUUUUCUCCUGUUCAUCCAUGUUAAUGUAUUUAGACAUUUCUGAUUUACUGCAUCUUUUCUCAUUUCAUUUCUCAUCCUGUCUCUCUGGACCUACGUGCCCCUUCAGGAGUGACACAGUGCGAUACGCUCUGGACAUCCUAGCUAUCCUUGUGGUGGUUCCCAAAGUACAGUUAGUGCUGGCAGACACUGUGGAGGUCCUGGAUGAGAUGAAUUCUCCUGUUUCCACUGUGGGUCAGUAAGACUGCUCUUUCUUCUCUUUUAGUUUCACAUUUGUGAAAAGGUCUAUAGAUGUACUUCAGUGUGACUUUUCUAUAUCUGCUGCAGGUAUGAGCAUCAUUCUGGGUGUUGCAGAGGGCGAGGUGUUUGUGAAUGACGCUGAGAUCCAGAAAUCUGCACUUCAAGUAAGCAGAUGUCUUUAACUAUAACAGCUGAUAGUUCAGCCAGCAGCAUGGUUCAAAUCCAGAUUCACAUUUCUUCAUUCGCGCUGACAGCUGGAUUCGUUCUGCAGUAAGAUGACGACAUACAGUUUGACACCCAGUUAGAACUGUAACAUUAACCUCCAUAAAAUCAUCAAAAUAAACAAGAAAAUUUUAGACAUAAAAACAUGAUCAAAAAAGUGCUCUGAGCACCACCAAUCAGAGUAUCAGUGAAAGAGAGACGUAUCAGUGACUGAGGUACAUAAAUAACAAUAAUAAUAAUAACUUUAUUUUUAUGUGUAGCACCUUUAAAAACAGCUGUUUACAAAGUGCUUUAACAGAUUAAACAAACAAAAGUAAAUUGACAGUUAAAAAUUGACGGUUGAUGGCAUCACAUCAGGAAGAUGGAAAAGAAGACGGUGGACAGAGGAUGGAUAAAAGAGAAGGAAAGAGUGUUAAAUACAUAGUUACUACAAUAAGAUAAGGUAAAAUAAGAGUAAUAAUGAAAAGGGAGGGAGAAUAUAAAACAUAGAAAAAUGGUAAAAACAGGACUAAAAAUGAUAAGAAACCAGUGGGGAGACUAAAAACAGCAGGAAUAAAAAUAGUUUAAAAGUAAUUGAAAGAUGAUGACCAUUGCAAUAAGCAGAAGAAACAACAUAUUUAUACAUAUACAGUAUAUACAAUCAAAAGAUAUAGUGCUUAUAAAUAAUCUCAGUGCAGCAAAUACUGACGGCCAAAAAUUUCAGCUCAGCCGUUUUUGCAGCACCUUGGGGCCAAAACCCUCAGUUGUUUAACAUUUGGUGUGAUCUAAUGACUGACCUGAUGAACUUGGUUCACUGAGUUUAGAUGUUUGUUUCAGGUGGACAUGGCAUGAAAUAAAAAAGCUUUGACACUGGCAUCUUUAAGUUUACUACAGAUAUUUAGUUCGAUUUUCACUACGUCUCCAUUUAGUGAGCAAUGUUUUGAAUGUAUGAAGUGGUUCACUCUGUUUCUAUGUGUAGGUCAGGCCAGCUGUAUAGUGUUAGGAAGAUUUCUUCCUCUAGACAUCCUUAAAGGGAUAUUCCCGCGUAAAUUUGAGUCAUGGUCAAACACACCGUAACACCGGGUUUGACACCCCCCUGAGAGAUAAAUGUUGCCGACUGCUAGCUUCUCUAGUUAUACCGACUUCAGCAAUGGCCACAGGAUAGCAAUACACAGUGGUCUACGUCUCCAUGCCCAAAAGCUCAACCAAAAGGCCAUUCUACAGUGAGCCCUGACAAGUUGAUCCCCAAGAGCAGUGGAGUUUCGCAGCUCAAGGAUGAACAUUUAUGAUCAUUUCUUCAUGGAAAUAGCAUCAGACCGAGACGCUAAGGCAGAGGAACUACCAUGUCUGCAGUGAACAAUGAUUAAUAUGAUGAUUAUUACUUCAAAGAAUGAUCCCCUGCACUUGUUGAUUGACUCGUCAAAGGAACCAGCCAAAGCUAAAAAAUUGUUUGAUGGCUCAUACUCUGGGACACUAUAUGUGCUGUUGAUGAAGUUAGGUGCUGUCAUUAUUUGUGGUUAUAGAGUGGCGUUUUCAUUGAGGUUUGCACGUGGUGACAUAGACUGCUGUGUAUUGCUAUCGUGUGAUUGUUACUAAAGUUGGUAUAACUAGAGAGGCAAGCGGUCAGCAACAUUCAUCUCUAGAGGGGGUGUCUAAACCAGUGUUACGAUGUGUACUUAAAUUUACGUCAGAAUAUCCCUUCCCUUUAACAUUGAGCUCAAAAAUAUGACCUCCUGGUUUCAGUGAGUCCAACAACAGACCGAGACGGAUCAGAUUCCUUAAAUCAAUGUACUUUAUUAAUUUACCAGAUGAAAGUAUGGAAUAGAAGUGUAGCCCAGCAUGCAGGAGUGUCAUUUUCAUUUCUCUGUGUUUGUUUCCUCUCUAACAAACCUUCUCUCCUCCGUUUUUUUCCUCCUUUGUGUCUCUUCAGGUCGUAAUAAACUGUGUGUGCGCCCCCGACCAGAACACAUCUGGUGCUUUUGCCGUCAACCCCCUCAGACCGCCCCCCCACCUCAAGCAGCCCCCUGCUCCACAUAACAGAGUGCUGGUCCACAUGUGGCAGGUAGUGCAGAACAACAAUGGCAUAAAGGUAAGAAUUAAAGGGAAAUUUCACAAAUUAAUAUUUGUUUCAAAGAAAUGUGUCUUAAAACGCUCAUCAAAUCCUCUCACGUCCCUCUCCUCCAGGUGCUUCUGUCUCUGCUGUCAGUGAAGAUGCCGAUCACAGACGCAGACCUGAUUCGUGCUCUGGCCUGCAAAGCGCUGGUUGGACUCUCACGCAGCUCAGCGAUCAAACAGAUCAUCAGCAAACUGCCGCUCUUCACCAGCGGCCACAUCCAACAGGUGAGCAUGAAACUAGAACUCUUCAAAGUCAAGGUUUUAUCGCGGAAUGAGAAACAUCAAUAAUGAAGUCAAAUGCAGAUGUCAGAGAUGACGUGCAUUAACGACUAAUUUACUUUGUAUAAACGCAGCUACUGACUCACCAGCUCUGCCGGUCUGGAAAAUCUCUGAGCAUGUACUUCAACUAUUGCAGCUGUAUACACCAUGUGUUCUUGGGUUAUUGUUUGAGGCAUUUUUAGACGCUUUUAUUUCUCUAAUUUCUAAAUUCCAACACAUAGUUCAAGAAAAAUAUAAAACACUCUAAUCGACUCAGACUUCUCACAUAUCUUUUAUCAUUUUAUCUCCCCAGCUGAUGAAGGAGCCAGUCCUGCAGGACAAACGAAGUGAACACGUCCGUUUCUGCAGAUAUGCAGCAGAGCUGACAGAGCGAGUGUCAGGAAAACCUUUCCUCAUAGGCACUGACGUCUCUCUGGCUCGUCUGCAGAAAGCAAACGUAGUCGCCCAAUCACGGAUCAUCUUUCCUGAGAAGGAGCUGCUCGUGCUGAUCAGAAACCACCUGGCAGCCAAAGGGCUUCAUGACACGGCAAACACUCUCGUUAGGGAGGCAAAUCUACCUGUAACAUCCCUCUGCCUAAGCUCCUCCUCCUCUUGUGUCACCCCUCCUCCCUCCUCGGUGAUCCCAAGGACUUGCAGAUUGGGGACUUGGGUUGGAUCCUCUCCUGUGUCCUCAGCCCCCUCCGCCCCUACAAUUCGCUCCCCUGUCAUUUCUCAAGCGUCAUGUAACCCUUUAUCCACCUCUGCUCUCCACCUGCCUCCUCAUCCUUCCUGUCACAACACACCUCCAGGACAGAGCUCACCUCUGGCUGGGCGGAUUUUAUUCUCACGGGAGCGCCCGAUGGCCACAUCCAACUCAGGGAGAAAACUUCGCUGUCUAAAACCGAAGUCUGACCACGGUGCUUUCAUACAGGUCGGAUUUUUGCUGCUCUCAUGUUUUAAUGUUGCUUUAUUUUUCCUGAAACAACAGCCAGAAAGUAACAUUAAAACAGCAUUUACCACGCUUUGUUAUUCUUUUGUUCAAGUAUCGACAUGAACUCGUAGCAGAUACCAUUUUUCAUUUUUCUCUCCUGCUCAGACUCCAGCCAUGAAGAAGCAGCCAGAACACCUCCUCCCUUCCCCGCCGACCCUCGACAGCAUCAUAACAGAGUAUCUGAGGGAGCAACACGCUCGCUGCCCAAACCCUGUCACCACCUGUCCCCCGUUCUCCCUCUUCAACCCUCACCGCUGCCCUGAACCCAAACAGAAGAGGCAGGCGUCACCCAAUUUCACUGCCCGCCUGGGGAGCAGAGUGCUGUACCCCAAAUACAGAGGAAUGUACAGAGGGUGUCUGGAUAGACAUCUCAUGUUUAGCAGGUAGAAGCAGAUACUUUUAGCUGAUAUAAUGUUUUUUUUUUGUUUUUUUUUGCAUUGUUUUACAUCUUGAAGCCUCUUCAUUUUGAGCCAAAACUUGUCUUUUAAAAAUCACAGUAAGGUCUGUAAAACGAGUUUGAAAAAGCACGAUAACUUCUACAUAACCCCUUUCAUCAUUUGUCUUUUUGUAACUCUUGGUCCAGGUUUCGUCCGAUGUCCAUCUUCCACGAGGGCGGCUAUACCUCUUGUGCCUUCUCAGCCAGUGACCGUUUCCUGAUGCUGGGAACUUACUCGGGUCACCUCAAGUUUUUUAACGUCUUCUCUGGACAGGAGGAGGCCAGCCACGCCUGCCACAUAUCAGCCAUCACAAACCUCGAACCCUCCAGGGUACACAAACAUGCACUCAUGUGUCAUGGUGUCAUACAGUAGGCCGCUUGUUUGUGGGGGGAGCCCUGACGAGUCGAUCAAUGAGUGCAGCUGAUCAAUUCCUUGAAGUGAUAAUCAUCAUAAUAAUCAUCUUGCACUGCAGACGCUGUAGUUCUUCUGCCUCAGUGUCUUGGUCUGAUUGCAUUUCCAUGAAGUAAUAAUCAUAAUUUUUCCGCUGCAUUCGGUGAUCAACUCGUCAGGGCUGUGUUGGGUUUAGUCUCUUUGCUAAAGAAAUUAGGCAAAGCUAAAAAGAUGUUUGGUGGCUAGUACUAUGUGCUACAUCCCUAUAUGUACUGUUGAUGAAGUUAGUUGCUGUUCUGAGCAUUAUUUGUGGCUAUAGAGUGGCUUUUUGGUUGAGGUUUGCACGUGAAGAUGUAGACCACUGUGUAUUGCUAUUGUACGGUUGUUGCUGAAGUUGGUAUAACUAGAGAAGCAAGUGCUCAUCCAAAUUCAUCUCUUGAGGGAGUGUCUAACUCGGUGUUACGGUGUGUCUGAUCAUGACUUCAAUUUAUGCCGGAAUAUCCCUUUAAUUCUAAACCACUCCUGACUUAGAAUGGGAUGCUCACUUCAGCAGCUACAUCUGAGAAUUGGUUGAUAACGCUUUCUUGCCCGUCUUUCUUCUCUUAUUAUGAAUGAAGUUUUUGUAAAAGAAUAUGGAGUGAACCUGCAUUUGAAAUCUUGUAUGUUUCUUGAUAAGGAUGGGAAUCUUCUGCUCACCUCUGCUCCUUGGAGUGAACCCCUGUCAGCUCUGUGGAGCACAGACAGAGUCUUCAGCAGAAGGUAAACCUGUCACACACACACACUCACAGUCUCAGAAGUUCUUAUUUCUGCAGCUGUUUGAAGUUACUGACAUCUUUGAUUUUUUUCUCUCAGGCACUCAUUUGCAGAAGACAACUAUGUUGAGUUCAGUAAACUCUCUCAGGACAGGGUGAUCGGCACCAAGGACCAAGUCGCACAUGUAUGUUACUUAAAUGGACUUUGUUUUUUUUCCUUCUGUUUUUUUUUUUUUUUUGUCUCUUCCCUCCAAGUUUGUAAAAACUAACAUUUUUCUCUUUUCCUCUAUUUUAAAGUAAUUUUAUUAUUUUCUCCUUUUACACAGUAAUUUAAAAGCAAAGUACAGACAUCAAUAAACAAACAAAUCAGAGUGGCUAAGAGGGAGCAAUAAGAGAGGGAACAAGAAUAAAACAGAAAAAUUAAUAACAUUAUGAGAUGUUGGGGGAAUCUUUGAUAAUAAAAUACUUAUGAAUUGAGCAAUAAAACAUAUGAAACCAACAAAAUCCGGAAAAAAAUAUGGAAUUGACCCUGUUUUAGUAAGAAGAAGAAGAGGAAGAACUUCAUUGAUUCCCGAAGGGAAAUUCAAUUGUCUGUUGUCUCAUGUAAUAUGUGUAUAAAAGUUAUCUACUAUUUACAUAAGAGUUAUAAAGCCGGAUGGCUGUUGGUAAAAAAGAUCUUCUAAAUCUUUCUGUCCUGCAGCGAAGAGAGAAGAGCCGUCCACCACCAUUUGUAAUGCGGUCAGCUUCAAUUUAUUCUGGGAUAACUCCCAAGUAUUUGGGUUGUAGAGGCAGAGAGCAGAGCUCCUCGACUCUAUCAAGUUUGGGAAACUGCAGGGUUAGUUGUGACUGGUGGCAUGUAUAGUACUGAAUUAUGGCUUACCAUGGCAAAUAAAGCAGAGUUUUUAGAUUCUGUUGCACUCUUGCAGAAACUAACAAUAUUCAUCAUCUUUUUGCUUUACAACCCGGUUUUUGUUAUUUUUGUACAACUUAUCUUUUGUGUUGUAGAUCUAUGACAUUCAGACAGGCCAGAAGACUCUGACCCUGAAUGAUCCCGCCCUGGCCAAUAACUAUAAGAGGAAUUGUGCCACCUUCAGCCCCACAGACGAGCUGGUGCUGAAUGACGGGGUGCUGUGGGACGUCCGGACACCUCGAGCCAUCCACAAGUUUGACAAAUUCAACAUGAACAUCAGUGGGGUUUUCCAUCCCAAUGACCUGGAGGUCAUUAUCAACACGGAGAUUGUAUCCUCUGAUUUGACCUGUCUUUCCCUUUUUCUUACCGACUGGAUGGGGUGGAGUCAUGUCUCCCACGUAGAACAGCGUCUUAAAGGGACAUGAGACCAAACCUACCUACACACAUCCAAAACUAACUUUCAUUUAUUUAUGUUUUUGACACAGAAUAUAACAAUAUGGGCAUAAUGAUGUCGGUUAUUGACAAAUUUAGAUAUCGGUAAAUUUUCAGUUUAUCACCCAGCCCUACCUUCAAGCGCACCACAGCCCAGGUGCAAUAUUCAGGACAAUAUAAGUUUUCUCUUGUUUAAUCCAUGUCUGCAUUCAAUAAUUAUUUGAAGGUAAUCUGAAAAUAAUGAAUUAAGGAUAGCAAGAAAUAUUUGUGUCAAUUUCAAAUUCAAAUGAUUAAUCGUAUUUUUUUUAUCUUUUACUUUGAAAGUUAUCAUAUCUUUAAUACAUGGCCAUUUAUUAUUCUCACUACUAAGAAGAUAUCUUUUUUUUUAUCUCCAGCCUGAUUAUGUCUGUACGUUUAUCUCUUUACCUUUGUUAUUCUUUACUGGAGCCAGUUUAAGUUUUGAUUUUAUCUUGGUCUUUUUGGCCUCUAUUAGAAAGGUCAGCUGCAGAGAAACCAGAAUUGUGUGGAGUAGAGAGAGCAGGGGAAGGCAUGCAGCUUAGGUCCUUGGUUGGGAGUUGAACUAGCAGCUUUUCUGUGGAGAACUGUGGCACUUCUAUUUGGGGCACCAGCCUAUGGGGAAGUUUUAGAAGCAAACUGAUAAGAUAUUUAAAAUUGUAUAACAUAAAAAGGAUGAAAUUAGGACACUGUUUCUUUUCUAUAUUUCUCCUCUGUCACUUUGAACCUCCACACAUCUGUGUCGAUCUGUUGUUGUGAGCCUUGACAGCGUGUGUCUGUCAGUGGGACCUGAGGAGUUUCCACCUCCUGCAUACUGUCCCAGCUCUGGACCAGUGCAGACUGGUCUUCAACAGCAAUGCCACCAUCAUGUAUGGAGGUAUGUAUGGGCUGCUUUUUGUCAUUGUUACAAGCUGAUUCAGUCAGCUGUGUGUGUGCUGCGCAUGUGCACUAAGAGUGAUCUGUUAAAUACUUCUAAAGCAACAUGUGUUUUUUUCUGACUAAAUGAGAACAAGGCAAAUGAAUGCACAGCGAGUGACCUGCUGUGGUGUGUCUCUUCCAGCCAUGCUGCAGGCAGAUGAUGAAGUUGAGGCCAUGGAAGAGCAGAUCAAGAGUCCCUUUGGUUCCUCCUUCAGAACCUUUGAUGCAACAGACUACAAACCCAUUGGUAGGCUGCUUUAAGGUUUAGUACAGACUAAAAACAAACCUGUCAGCUAAAGUACAUUUCUUUGUCUGUAAUUUUCCUAAUCUUUGUUUGAGAUUCAAAAAGUGUUUAACUGUGAUGUUGGACUUUUUAAAAGUCUCUGUUGGUUUAUUUCCCUUGAGUUUUUUUGAAGGACUGUAGGUCCAGGUCGGAUCAUCUGGUCUGCAGAUAAACUGAACACAGUUAUGUUUCUUUCUCCUUCUCUUUCAGCCACUGUUGAUGUGAAGAAAAACAUUUUUGACCUGUGUACCGACAGUAAAGACUGCUACCUGGCUGUCAUCGAGGUACUCCGCUGAAAUUUGGUCCCUAAUCUAGCUAGAACUUAUGUGAAAAUUAUUGUCACUGUCCAAGAACAUAAAUCUAAAAAUGAAAGAUAUUGAGUUCAAAGAUUUGGUAAUGUUUGAGGUUUGUCUUCCUGCUCACCACUUCAAAUGAACCUUUCCAGGAUCUUUGAUAACUUUUUGUUGAUCAGCUAUUUUUCUUUCACGUUGUAGUUGUUUAUACCUUUUUUGUUUUAAAAAUGAGUUAGCAUUUUUUCCACAAUUGUCAUAUUUUAGUAAUAUUUCAUCCCAUUGAUCACAUUUGAAUCCACAUGUUCAGUAUCAGUUUUUUUUCCCUCAUUGAUGCUGCAGAAUCAGGACACAGUGAGCAUGGACACAGUGUGUCGCCUGUACGAGAUCGGGAGACACAAACUGGCAGAAGAGGGAGACGAUGAUGAUCAGGUGAGACUUAAAGGCCUGAACAGGUGACGGUCUUUACAUCAGUCCAUGUUUGGUUUGGUUAACUUGAAAAUAUCAGUUUUAUAGUAGGGAGUGUAUUUUGGCCAAUAGUUAAAGGAUAAUUAAGCUUGCAGGUAGCUUGCACACUGAACUCUUUUUAACAGUAGAUCACAGUAGCAUUAUUUUCGCAAUCUCAAAGUGUUCGUCACAAUCAGUGCGUGUGUGUGUGAGGGUUAAUCCAAAGUCAAGGUGCCUCCAAGAGUAAUAUGGUGCCUCUUGCAUAAGUGUAAAAAAAAACUGCAGCAGUGUGUCCGAUUCUGCUCAUGUGGUUGAUAUUUUAUCUCUAAUGCUUGUGAUGUUCCUGCAGGAUGAGGACCAGGAUGACGAUUCCUCAGACACAUAUCAAGGUGAUAUGGAUGAUUUAGACAUAGAUCGGAUCCUAGCGGAAUUGAACAGUAAUGAAGACCUUGAUGAUGCAGAACAAGGGGACCAAGAAAACUCUUCCUCAGAUGAAGAGGUAACGAGAUGCUGUGGCUUAAAAACGAGUCAGUCUGAUAGCUCUUUUCACAACAAACCACAAUCACCAUACCUGCUGAGUCGUAGUUGCUGGAAAGUUUUGGUGGGAAAGAGUUUGGCUGUAGAGCCUGAAAGUCUUUUUGUUAAUUUUCAGGUUUUAUCUUGUCUAUAUGUUUUUUUUUUUUUUUUUUUUCAAUUCAAACUCAAGAAAAAAAUUGUUAUAAAUUUUUUUUAUCUCUCUGGAGCUCAAAGACAGCUCUAAGUCAUCUUUUAUUUUUGCCCCCAAAACCAACUUACGUACACAGCUCAACCUACCUGCUCAUCUUUAAUACUACCAUUUAAUUAUUUUGUUGAGUCUUUUAUCCAAUUUUAACCCACAAAUACAAAAUCUGAAAAUAUAUUUGAGGGGUUAAAAUGUGUACAUUAUUCAUCUUUGUCUCUAUUUUUAUUAUACUGUCUGUUUUCUGUUCGGACUCUGCUUGAGUAUUUGUUUUAAACACCUCCUCUAAGGUUGCAGAUCAUCUGGAUGACAACAGCAAUGAUGACAACGGGGACGGAAGUGACAACGAGGAUUCAGUAGUCUCAGAGCAGUCGCAUGGAAGCAAUGAAGGGUCAUCGGACGAUUUGUGUAAGUAACAAAGUUUGUCUAAAAGCAAAAGCAACAGAGAAGCCUCAACCUUACAGACUGGUUGCUGAAUCUGGUGUGAAGCUGGGAAAGGGCGACAUUGUAGACCUUGUUAAUUUUGCUGUUAAGUGAUGAAUUUUAAUGAGGGAGCCAAUGAGUUUUAGCACUUUGAUAAUACAUCAGAAUACUACCUGCAUUUUACACAUAAACCUAAGGCUUAACAUGGAAGUGUAUACUGACAGUAUUUGUUAUGUUUAUAUUCAUGCAGCAGAUUUUCAAGCGUCAUCAGAUGAUGAUGAUGAUGAUGAUGAUGAUGAUGAUGCGUCUGAGCUUCUUCGGGCUUUCUACGAGAGCUACUCCCCCUAACCUGGAGAAAAAAAUCUCUUUUCUCUCAAAAAGAACCUUUACAUGACUUUUGUUUCUUUUUUAACCACCAUUUCUCCUUUAUCAGGAAAGUAAACUGUGAAUAAACUGAUAUGCACAUCAGUGUCCUGGAGGUUAAAAUCAUAGAAAUUAAAGGGAAAGCAGUGAUGACAAAUAAAUAUUAAUCAUAGUUCAGGGGCUCGCAUGAGAGGACAGACUUUUUGGAGAGAGCAGAUCUAAUGGGAGGUAAAGGGAAAUUUGAACACAAUCCCCUGCUCAAGAGAAGAGGUUGUUCUAAUUUCAAGUACAUUUUGUUGCCGUUGUGCUCACACAAGUCUAGUCAACCAAGUAAUGUAACUUUCUAUCAGGGAGAUUUUUUUUUUUACUCAUAGAUGAGUCAUUUAGGUUUAAUCUCAGUCAAAAAUACUCAGAGCCUGACAACAAAAUUGAGUUGUAUUUAAGACACUAAACACAACCUCUUCUGGUUUUACUGAGACCCCUAUCGUUUCAGGAGAAUAAGCUGAGAAGGUGCUUCAAGUCCAUUCAACAUUUUCCAACGUAUCAAGUCUUCCAUAGAAGUGAAGUUAUUUUUUUAAAGAGUAAACAAAAAGGUAAAUACUCCUAAAGCUUUGUGGACAAGGGGAAAUUACCAAACUUCCAGGCUCAAUAAAACUCAAAUAACAGCCAGAUAUUUUUGGCUUGAUGUCCGUAGAUCUAAUGGUCUGCUUCACCCUAAACUCAUUUCUCCCCCAUCUCUGGUUUUACUCACUGUCUAGUUUCUUUCAUCCUAAUUGUUCUAACUAACUUCUGUGUCUGUAAAAGAAUUGGAGAGCCCACUUCUUCAGGAAUAGAUAGUGCAGAGGUACAGUUUCUGUGAGCUGAAACCAGCAGUUGAACCAAACUGAUGCAUUGCUCACUCAGAGCCGCUUCCUUUCUUUGAUUUUGUACAGAAUUUUUCAAGAAAAAAAAAAUGCAAACCAAAAAAAAAAAAUGUUUUUGAAAGGAUAACCCACAUGAUGCAGGUUUCCAUUUUUCUUUGCAGUCUUUUAAUUUAGUUUUAUUUAAAUUAUUUUUAAUGUUUUGUGAUUUAAUUUUUUUGCAUUAAUUUAAUUUAUUUGGCUUUGUUUGAUUUGACAUACAGGGAGAAAAGAGAGUUUAAUUUUACUGUUUGAUGCAUUUACUCUCUGUAUUCUCCAGGUCUCCUAUUGUUUGAUAGAAGACUAAAUGUAGACUAAGAAAAUAGAUUCUAUUUUUGGUGUGCUUUUUGUUAAAAAUCUAUAAUGCCUUCAAAGCAUCAACUGUUUCAAGUAUAGACAACCUGCUGAGCUCUCCAAAAUGUAGAGACAAGAGUGUUCAGAGCUACAGGGAAAAUAGUCAAAUCAAUGUUAAGCAUAAGUCAUGCCUGAUCAUUUUAUUUUGUAGCAGCUGAUGAUAGCUGACAAGAACAUCAAUUCAAGUCAAGUCAAGUCUUAUCUUCAAUAAGAACAUAAAAAAAUGGCAGUAAAGUAAAAGUAUAAUGCUUUCUACAGCUUUAAGUGAAGCUGCAAAAGUAGCUUCACUUGUAAUGAUGUCAGUGUAGAAACUUUAUUUGCCAGUAUCAGUGAUGUGAAAGUUUCCAAAUCGUUUGAUAUUUUACAUAAUCUAGCAAAAUUUUCAUUAUUAGCUGCUACCAAGCUCAUUACAUAAAGUUUUUUUUCUUUUAUCCAUCACUCUGACCUCAUCACUGACCAGUAAGCCUUCAGGUGACGGCUUUUGCCGUCGUUACGGGUUAAAGAUCCAGCCAUCAUAAACUAUCCACCUAUUUUAGCUCACAUAAAGGUGUGGGUUUCUCUGUUUUGUAACUGCGUCAAACAAUCUACAACAGAUCUCAUGAAAUUUAAGGACCCAUGAUUGUAUCUGUAGCACCCGGGGGUGUUUUUUGUUGGGAUUACAACCUAAAGCCAUGUUAAAGUUUGUUUUUCAUGCCACAGAGCCAUAGGAUUUACAUUUUACAAGAGACUGUUUUGUAUUUAAAACACUUUGAAAAGUUGUAAAUGUUAGUAAAAUGAACAGUCUAUACAUCAGCUGUUGAGUUCUGCUUUGAUAAUAAAGUACU